AUGGGUGUGCCCUCGAUCUUCGCUGAUGUCGGAUGGUACAUAUGGAUUUUGGCGGGCUCUCCUGGUGCCGAUCUCCGAAUUGUUGGGCUGGUACGGAUCGAUGAUUUCUGCUGGCGCCGAUCGAGGUACGGUCUGAUGAUUGGCUAUGAAAAAGGCCUUGCUUUCUCGCAGUGUCUGGAUAUUAAGAAUGAGAUCGUGGAAAAUGAGACGGAGCUCUACACCUCCAUCCUGGAGGCCAAUGACUACCAGGAGAGAAGGGUCACGGAGCUGUGCAAGCUGAACAAUGUGCGAGCCGAAAAGAUGCAACGGCUGCUGAAGCAGGGGAAGGCUCCGGUGGUGUUUUCCUUCGUGAACCUCCGGGGCGGAACCAUCGGCCGGGAUGAGGUCGAGGACGACUGCAACGCGAAGCUGGUCGCGAGGCUCCUGACGACCCUAGGCUUGAGGAUACCCACGUCUGCCGAGACGAAAGCAGCCCUUGAGAACGUCGCCAGCGAUCGCAAACUUCUGGGAAAGAAGUGUUCUGAUGCAGCCCGCGAGGCGUGGGCGAAAACCGAGGGGGACUUGCACAGGGCCCUGAUGUCGCACGUCAUGGACCGCAGCCGCCGUAACUCUGACACCAGGACCGGCAGCAAGAACAUGGGCCUUCUCAAGAAGCUGGUGAACACUUUGCAAGAAGAAAAAGAUCAGGAGAGAAAGAUUCCUGUGGAAGACCCCAAUCGGCUGCCGACCAGGGAGUGGGGAGACUUCUCGGAAGGCUCAGGACCCGCUGAGUACUUGGACGACGAGGACAUGGCCGACCACGCUCAGGAGGGCGGUGAAGAAGAGGAGAUGGAUAAUGAUGCAAUCAUUCCGGACCCCGACGACCCUACCGGCUUCCCAAAGACCCCUUGCAAGCCCCAUGCCCCGCCGACGCCGGUGGACAGCGACACCGAGGCAGCUGCAGCCGAAGAAGCCUUAGGAGAAGAAGCCGAAAAGAAUGCCGAUGCCCAGAAGGAUUGCUUCGGGGCGGUUGGAUCGGUUUUAAUCGUGCUCUGGCAGGUGCAGCAGAGGAUCCGGAAUGCCGCCACCUUGUCGGAGGUGCAGACAGACGAGGCAGUGCAAGGGCGAGGCAAUCCACGCGGUCGCGGCCGUGGCCGCCGUGGCCGUGGUCGUGGACGAGGCCUCGCAAGGGGCAGCAAGGACGACCAGGCUGUCAAGGCCGAGGACGACGAUCUCGAUGCAGAGGACGAGAAGGCCACGAAUGAGGUACUUUUGGAGGAGGCGGAGGACAAGCCGAAGAACAAAGCGAAGGCAAAAGCAAAGGGACAAGCGAAGAAGGAGCCGAAGGCGAAAGCAAAGGGACAAGCAAAGAAGGAGCCGAGGGCCCAGGAGAAAGUGGAAACGCCCGCCAGUGUGGAGGAGGACUGUCUGUGGCUUGCAAUGUCCAGUUUUACAAAUAAGCUCGAAUCGAAGCCAACAUCGUCCAGGCAUGCAAGCGAGUCACGUCGCUCAGUGCCUACCAGAAGGACCAAUAAAAAUAAUUUAUAA